AUGUCGGCCUCUCCCAGUACGGCUGCAAAGCCUGACAAGGGCAAUAUGUCUUCCCGCCUACUUACCAUGAAGUUCAUGCAACGUGCUGCAGCAUCUGCAGCAUCCAAGGAAGCCCAGUCGCCAGGAGCCGAUGAUUCGGCACGCACCCCUAAGCGCCAACGCAAGUCAAUGGAAUACCAAAGCCCUUCGACCCCGCAAUCCGAUCUCGAUGCUAUCGCCGCCGCACUUGCCGCCGAGGAGCAGAAACGCCAGGAGGUCAUUGCGCGACAGGCUGCCGAGGCUGGUGAGACUCAAUGGGUGCUGGACAUCCCUGCAGCGGCUCCUGCCGCCCCCCAGUCCUUCGUUAUGGCGACUGAAUCUAUAGAUGCCGACGACGAUAUCAAUCUUGGAGGUCGUCGGCCAUUUGGCAACUUCAAGCGCAAGGAAAAGACCCCACCUCCCAUGACCGAAGAGGAGGCUGAACUCGAGCAGUUGAAGGUCGAUAAUCCCGCCCGGUACGAAGCUGUCAUGGAAAAGCGAAGGAUCCGUGAAGCUAGAGGUCCUAAGCUGGAUGGGCUUACCAGUAUCUCGGGUGCCGGUGGUCGCCCCAUGCAAUUUGGGGCACCAUCAUCGUCAAAGAAAAAGAAGAAGCGCAAGAGCGGCCAGUAA